ACAAGUCACAACUCUGAACCAGCACUAUCUAUUUAAGCCAGUGCACUGCCUUUCUUCUCCACGCUGCACAAACCAACACAAUCGACAGUGUGGCCUAGCCAUGGGCACGUUCCUAGGCCAUUUCCUCCCCGGCCUGGCCUUCGCUAUCCUCGGCGUGUGGCACACGCUCAACACCGUCAGGGACUACAAGCUCAGGGGCGCCUCCGGCUUCCGCUCCGCCACCUGGUUCCCGUUCCCGUCGCCGCUGCCCUGGCUGAGGCGCCUGGAGCUCUACCUCCUGCUCUCCUUCUCCGUGCUCGCCAUCAUCGACCAGCUCGUCGACCUCCCCAUCCUCGCGCUCUGCCUCCAGCCCGACAGCCUCGAGCACGCCACCAUAUACCUCCACCUCGCCGUCUACGCGUCGGUGGCGCUCGCCGCCGACGUCUCCGGGCGCCGCGACGACGCCGCCGGGGUCGGGGGCGUGGUGGCCGCGCUCGCCGCGUCGGUGUUCGGGCAGGAGCUGUUCCUCCUCCGCUUCCACUCCGCCGACCACGCCGGCCUCGAGGGUCACUACCACUGGCUGCUCCAGCUCGUGGUGGCGGGCUCCCUAGCCGCCACCGCCGCCACCGCCGUCCUGCCGGGGAGCUUCGCCGUGGCGGUGGUGCGGUCGGCGUCCGUGCUGCUCCAGGGCGUGUGGUUCAUGGCCAUGGGGUUCGCGCUGUGGGUGCCGGCGCUCGUGCCGAGCGGGUGCCACGGCGUCGGCGUGGAGGAGGAGGGGAGUAGCGCGGCGAUGCGGAGCGCGGUGGCGUGCGCGACGGAGGAGGCGGCGCGGAGGGCGACGGUGAUGGCCAACCUGCAGUUCAGCUGGGCGCUCGCCGCCGUGUGGGUCGUGACGGCGUACCUGUGCCUCAGGGUGGACUCCGGGUGCUUGGAGUACGUGCAGCUCCAGGCGCCUCCCAGCGGCGUGCUCGCCGGCGACGGGGACACGCCGCGGAAGAUUGUGUUCCCCGUCGAAGAACAGGUGUAGAAGAAAGUUGCUCGCCGGUCACUUGCCUGGGAUUAUUGCACGUCUGGGUUCGCGUCACACUGUCAUACUUGAUACUUGUAACCUGUAAAUGCGCAAAUGCGCUGUGUGGUGUGAGUGCAACAGCUGUUGAGAGAUGGGCCUGUAAAUGCGCUUGGGUUGCCCGUGAGAUGGGCCUGCUCUGGGCCGAAAUUUAGUUGGUCCCGCUGACGAUGAUGUUGUUUCUUGGGCCUGGUGCAAUUCCACCUGGAAAAUAAUUGUGUAUACUUACUUGUCGUGUGUGAACUCUUCCCAGAAUGAAUAAAACUCCCGCCUUUCUAA